UUGUAACUACACUCCGUUCACAACAACUCAUAAUAUUUAGAAAUCGAGGCGCGCGCGCACGCGCUGCACGGCCGUGUGUUUCGAUCGAUAGAACCGAUCAAUAAAAUGGGAUAUAGGACGUGAGUGUGUGUGAAAUGUUUUCAAAUUUCAAACUGCCGGUGUUGAAGCCUAAAGGGGCGAAGGAUGAGCCGUUAUACUGCUACAGGAGCGUAAAGACCAAACCGCCCAAAACUCCGACUCUCAACCGGGUGAAGCGACAUCAAAGACGUCGAUCGGAACCUGGAAUCGUACCAUCAAUAGUGGGCUUCACAAAAGACUCUGUAGCCCAUGAGUCUGAUCGGCUGGCUCCUGGAGACAGGAUCUGCAGCGUCAACGGGAUCUCCACGGCGAGGCUCACCAACGAUGAGGUGCUUCGACUGCUGGACAAUGUGGAGGAACGGGCUUCUUUGGAAGUGGAGUACUAUAUGCCUAAUUAUGCCUCUCAGAACUCCCUCUACAUCACAACCAAGCUAGCGGAAGUUCCAGUGGAGAAGAUCAAUGGGUCCUUAGGCGUGACUAUCAGAGGUGGGUUGCCGGAGAAUUCCGCACCAAGUGCUGACUUGGUGCUGAACAGCCGCUCCCUCGACGCCCAGCCUUUAGUAGUAACGCAUGUCAGACCUGGCGGUGCGGCCUACAAUACUUCUAGGAUCAAACCUGGCGAUAGACUUCUGAAGGUUGAUCAUAUAUCUCUCACAAACAAGACUCUAUCAGAAGUGCAUCAAAUACUCCAGAACUGUCCUCAAGUAACCAGCCUGACGAUAGAAUACGAUGUCUCCAUCAUGGAAUCCGUGAAACUGGCCACGGGGCCUCUGCUCAUUGAGAUCGAGAGGCCAUGCAACGAGGACCUUGGCCUCUUCCUCUCUAAUCAGAGGAUACCUGAUGACGUGUACAGUUCAGGAUCCGAUACUUACCAACGCGUCGGUGGCUGCAAUGCUAUUUUCAUUGAUAGCAUAUUGCCGGCUAGUAUAAGUGACAGAUGUGGUGCCCUGCAUCCUGGAGACCAGCUCCUGGCGUUUGACGACCACGUGAUAGAAGGCAACAACUACACCGCUGAAGAGGUGAUGUGCUAUCUAGAAAACUGCGAAGGUGGCUUCACCAGACUUCAUAUAGCACCUCGACAUGUACUAGCUCACGGCGGAAGGUACACGAGAGAAAACUCAAUAUCGGGCAUGUCGACACUGAACACGAAGAAACAUCGGCAAAGAAACUACAGACAAAGUUCUAUGCCCAAACUUGGCUUAUGCGACGAUCACGAAAAUCAGCAAAACUACAUGAGCAUGGGCGUAUGUCGGACCGAAUCUCUGAACAUCCAGCUGGAAGUGCCUCCAGGACAAAGCAGUGGUUUGGCUGUACAUGAAGAGAAUGCUGUAUUGGUGAUAUCUCAUGUUGCAGCACAGUCGCCAGCAUAUCGCUCCGGCUGCUUACAAAUUCGAGAUAGAGUGAUGUCAAUUAAUGGUCACGAAAAUUUAACUAUGGAUGUCGCUAAUGAAAUCUUACAAAGAAGGAACGAUUCACAUAAUCCGAAAUAUCUGACUUUGAACGUAGAAUUCAGUAUGCCUAACACUAUCGAAGCUUCAAGUGGGGUGUUUAAUGUUAAACUGGCGAAGACUACUGCAGGACUCGGAGUAACUAUUACAGGAUGCAAGCAGAAGCUGUUGAGCAAUGAAGAACCAAUGGUGAUAUCAGAUAUUAAGCCUGGUUCUGUAGCUCACCGCAGUGGAGCUCUUGCGCCUGGAGAUCAACUAUUAGCUAUUAAUGGACAACCGCUUCAUAAUUUAUCGCUGGACACAGCAUUCAAUAUUCUACAAAACUCCCCAGAAGACAUAAUAACCCUUAAAAUCCGUAAACGAGACCUGACUGAAGACUGGUCUAGUCAUCACAAACAUAAUGCCAAAUUAACGCUCCAAAGUUUUAGUAAUAUAGAAACCAAAGCAGUGGUCCACAGUGGAGAAGAUUCAGGUCAUCACACAGAAAGUCCAAAUAACAGCGCUAAAGAAAGUGAAAGAAGUCAUGGAAGUAAUGAAAACACUGCUGUAUUCGCAGUUGAACUGAUCAAACAGGAGAAUGGUCCGUUAGGAUUAACUAUUGCAGGCAGCGAGGAUGUUAAUCAACCUAUACUACUUAGUGGCUUAGUGGAAGGUGGAGUAGCAGAAAAAUGUGGUAAAUUAGCUAUUGGUGAUGAACUGUUAAGUAUUAAUGGUGAAAGUGUUUUAAACAAACCCUUAUCCGAAGCAAUAAAGUUACUCCAACAGAGUGGGCAAAGAGUUCAUUUACAACUUUGUAGAAAGGUUACAGGAUCACUUGAAAGUGCGGAGUCCAGUGCAAGAGAUUCCAGUCAUUCUACAUCAAGUCCUGGACUCUCUAAUGACAGUGCAGUGGAAUCCUGGGAUCAGAACACACCAGUUCGGACAAGCGCUAACUGUGUUUAUUUUAUAGGUUCAGAUGUGAUAGAAUAUGCUGUGCCAGAUAAAACCAGAAUGAUGGACAAACAACCGUAUUCGCCAACCGAUGAAGACAAAUUAAUGGCGUCCUUUAAUUCUGCAGCACCCUACAAUAUCAAUGAUUUGCCAUUACCAAAUUAUUCAUUAAAUAAUUCGCUCAAAACUUUCCAUUAUGAAAACACUUGCAUCAUUCCCGACAAUACUUUGAAGAAUAAACAGAAUAUAACUAGAGAAGAUGAUGUCCAGCAAAUUGAAAUACUUACAACUAAUAUGAAGGACUGUCAGUUACAUAACAUGGAAAAGUCUUCUUGCAAAUGCGAUUAUGUCCAGAUGGGGCCAUACGGCAUUGUUUCCCCAAAAAGCAGAAGACCUAAUUGGGACAGUGAUUAUUUGAAUAAUGGUAUUUAUACAGUGACCACGCCUCAGAAAUCGCCGCUCAAGCCUGGUGUACCCGGUACUAGUUUUCAGUUCUCGACGAGUCCCAUAUACGAAAACGACAUUUCUGGUCUGUACAGCACCGACACAAUGUCUCCAGCCCGAGGCUCGGUCCAUCAUGUCAUUCUGUACAAAGACGCGAUCUACGACGACUACGGCUUCUCGGUAUCAGAUGGAUUGUACGAACGUGGUGUCUACAUCAAUAGGAUUAGGAAGGGCGGACCGGCCGACAUAGUGGGUUUAUUGAGACCUUAUGAUAGAAUUUUACAGGUCAACGGAACUAGGACAGUGGACUACGACUGCUGUCUGACAGUUCCACUGAUCGCUGCAGCUGGCGAUCGCCUGGAAAUCGUGGUGCAAAGACUCGUCACGUCUAGGGACCUGAAAAACCAAAGACUGGAGGACAGCUCGAGCCCCAGCGAUAGUAGCUUAGUGACCAAGACAAUUUAGUGUAUAACACGCCUCUAGUGAUUUCACACCAAAGACCUCAGUGCUUAGUGUUUAAUUAGUAUAUAUUUAGGUUAGACAAGUUACUUAUGAGUAGUUCUGUUAUGAAAGUUGUAAAUUUGUUGGCUUUUAGAAGAUUGGUGGGGAUUCGUUUAAUAUCUAAAUGUUGGUUAACGCACAGGUAGUGUAAUUUUACUUACAUCAUAAUAGUUAACGUUAACUCCAUACACGUGUACAUAACUUUAAAGUUAUCAUGAAAUAUUAAUUAAUCGUUACGGAAACUAAUUAUAAAAUAAUUAAACGAACGGAAUUAACAUAAUUACUAUAAUCAAAAUAGUAUUUAAAAAUAUUUAUUAUUGAGAAAAAUACUUAGAUUAUCCAUUCUCUAAAUAAUAACUGAAUUUUGCCCACGAAUUUACAUAUUAAACGAUCCUCAAAAAAAGUAUGGUGCAAAAAGUAUGUCUAAUUAUUUAAAAACGUAAAAUCAAAGUGUAGAUAUAUAUGCAUAUUAUCAAUUUCCAUAAUAGGUAAAUCUCGUUUUAAAACAAUGAAUAAAAUUAAUUAUCGCAGUAAUAAGACCACAAUUAAAAUUUAAAUUUGUGUUAAAUACCAUCAAAUGCAACUCAACAAAUUAUUUGAAUAUUAAAUAUAUCCUAAAGUUGAUUAGUUCAAUAGUAUGGAAUUGGUAGUACACUUGUGCCCUAAUUAAGAAAUUCUGAGUAAAUUUGUCACAAAAAUUGUAUAAACCGAACAAAUACAAAUGUCAAACUAAUUCGUACUCUCAAAUAAUUAGCAAAAUGACUACUAUCUACAUUAAUUGGGUAAUUUGAUAACCAAAUAAAUUUUACUUGAAACUUGCGAAACAAGCCCUUAUGCACUUACAAUAAAUAACAACUACUAUUAUUAAAUGAAAGUGAAUGAACAUUACGAGGUUUUUAAAAACAAUCGGCUACAGUGGGUAUUUCUGUAUUCAAUCUACGUACCCAGUACAAAUUGUUCUAGAUAGGUACUUUUCCAAUUAUUAUAAUCGGGCAAAUAUGUAAAAGUCGAAUAACUAGAGUAUAAUAAAUAAACGAGCAUCCGUAUGUAUUGACAUACUGAUUUGUUUAACAGAAUAGUAGCCAGUGUAACUACUAGACAUAAUAAGACUUAAGGUGGUAGCUCA